GGCUGCGGUCGGGAAUUCAAACUGACAGGUGGGAGCGUGGCCGUUUGCGCGGACGGAACGGAGCCCGGGGAACGCGGUGGCGGGGCCGGAUCGGGGCUGCCCGCUCACCCACCCGCCAUGUCCGCCGGCAGCUGCACCUUCGAGGACCGCAGCGUGGCCGUGCUGUGCUGCCGCUUCUGCCGGCAGGUGCUGAGCUCGCGGGGGAUGAAGGCGGCGCUGCUGGCGGACACCGACACCGACCUGUUCUCCACCGACAUCCCGCCCUCGGGAACUGUUGACUUCAUCGGAAGUUGCUAUUUUACGGAAAUCUGCAAAUGCAAACUGAAGAACAUCGCGUGUUUGAAGUGCGGUAACAUCGUGGGCUAUCAUGUUAUUUCCCCCUGCAAACCCUGCCUGUUCUCCUGUAACAACGGCCACUUCUGGAUGUUCCACAGCCAAGCGGUCUUCAGCAUCAACAGACUAGACUCCUCUGGUGUCAAUGUAUUGCUAUGGGGCAACCUGCCAGAUUUAGAAGAAAGCGCAGAUGAAGAUACAUCCUGCAUCUCUGAGGACGAGUAUAUCAGAUAAAACUUAUCUACAAGAUACUACAGUAUCUUCCCUACAUCCAUUAGAUUACUGUUUGUUUGGGACUUUUUUUCCCUACUGGCCCAUCAGAGCUUAAACAAUACAGGAAAUCUGGAAAAUAAUGCUAAAAAAAGGAAGGUAUCACCUUCCUCUUUCACUGUAACCUGCCUUAGACUCCUGCAUCUGCCCGAUGUGUAUUUUCUGACUAGAGACACAUCUUGGUUACAUCUGGAAAUGCAGACAGAAGGUGUUUUUACCAAGGUCUAACCCUGGUUUGUUUUCACAUUUACCUCUCAACAGUAGAUAAUGCUUAACUGUACUUUUCCUUCUUUCCUCAAACAGUAUUCACAGAGCAACGUCUCUUGGUUGCUGUAAGUACAGCUUAAAAACCUACAAAAUAUUCAGUCUCGCUACUGAAUUUCUGGAAGAGCUCUGCUUUUGUGGCCACACAGAGUGUUGCCCAGAGCUUCUGAGUACAGACAGUUGCUGAACAAGUGGCUUAAAGUCUCAGAGCUCUGGCUCUAUGACCUGGUUCUCCUGCUUUUCGCAGCUUGUUCUCGCUCUGGACUCUCCUGAAUGUGGAUUGCGAGCUCAGUCUGCCCCUCUUCAGCUUUCAGUACCUUCAGGAUCAUAUAAAGAUCGAGUUCAUGACCUUUUUCCAUGACAAAACCUUAAUACUAAAAUUACUUGAUGUCUAGUAUAACUUCAAGGCUACAGUGGAGUUUUUAUUAUGCUCAACAAUAAAAUCCAUCCAGUUCUAUGUGAUUUUUUUCUUCCCCUUUUAUAGGGUAGACAUCCAUCCAAAACAAAAGUCAUCCAAUUGGACAGUCUUAGACAAAAAAGAUCAGGUUAAAUAUUUGGUGUUCACGCCUAACCUGACAUCCUGAAGCGUACAAACAAGAGGAGGGAUGGACUCAAAGCUCAUUAUCAAACGUGUUACAGCCAUAGAUUUAAUUUAUGAACUAAAUACUGUCCCCUACAGAUGGUGACCUGAAGGUAUCGCCUUGAGAAGAUUCAAGGUACAAUCAUGUAAAAGAACAGAUCACACUUUUAAAUUUGGAUUGAUGCUGAAUGAAUCGUUCUAAAGCCUCUUGUGACACUUGGAAGAGGCGCAAUGAGGGCAGGUCUGGAUUGUCUCAGUAUUUCUACUGCAUGUUAAGUAUUUCCAAAGUAAUGGUACUACCUCUUCUGCAUUGUUUAAAUGUAUAUUGGUAUAUAUAUAUAUAUAUAUGUACGUGUAUGUCUUGUUUUGAUUUCCUGUGUUAUGUCUGCUCAUUAAAUAGAGGUUUUGGACUAUGUA